GCCAACUGGAACUGUGUCGAUGGGUGGCAUGGCUUCAUCUCUCAUCGUAUCGCCAGCCUCAGUCGGUGGAAUGUCUUCGACAGGGUUGUCAGGCGUAGCAACUCCAGCUUUCGGGCAUACAACAACAACGACUGUGAUUCAAGGAGCCGGAGCGCCAGCUGCAACUGUGUCGGUGAGCGGGGUGUCUUCACCUGGCCUCGUAACGCCAGCAUCAAUUGGCGGAGUGCACUCGACAGGCUCGGAAGGCAUGGGAACUGGUGUCGUGGUGAUUUCACCAGCAACGACCGGCGGCAUUCCCUCCACUGUCAACACAGGUGCGGGGACUCCAACUGUUGUGCUGCUGCCAGCAACGGGUGGCGAGACAACUAUUACAGGAGUUACGAACGGGCAGCCUGGACUAAUGCCGAUUCCGGUAGCACCCGGGGGAAUUGGCGGGUCUGUGCUAAUGCCACAACCACCGGCGAGCGUGCGUCCUCCGGUAACAGGUAGUGGUGGCAUGGCUUUUACUGCCAAGUCAUAUCGAUGCAACUCCGUACCGCCUACUGAGAAUUGCCUAUCUACCGUUAAGAGGUGGUAUUAUGACCCCAGUAAUCGCACAUGCGUCCUCCGCAAUGUUGGAAGAUGUAAGCCUCAACCGGCCUUUCUAUUAUGUCGCCGAUGUGUGAUGACGUGCAUGGGUAUCAAAUCGAAGGAUACGGCAGUAAUCAACCAUUUAUGCGCAUUAUCCGCUGAAAGGCUGCAGCAAGAUGGCAUCUAAACAAGACGAUAAAUUGCGUGUUGUAUAAUGCGCAAUUUGGUUGAAGGGAAACUUGGCUUUUGAUAUAAUAAACAGUACUUGUGAUAUGACGGA